AUCACGCUCACUCACCCUACCAGACCAAUUCAACAAUUUCAGUUUCACUAGGAAAAAAGAAAAAAAAAAGGUAGAAAAGAAAUAAGCUUUUAUAGAAACCCAGAGAGUUUUGUGCUGUUGGUUUUCAAUUCACAAAAACAACAAAUUGAGAAAAAUGCAAGAAGAAGCAAAUCCCAGAACGUUAAUGUUCGCCCUCUUGCUCACCAUGCUCAUCUCGUCUUGCUCGGUUCACUCGAGCAACUUAGCCAACUCUCCGUCACCUUCACCGGCUGUUGUUGGGAUGCCAAUGCCGAAUGAGCCGCCUCGACGGAUUGUUAAAAAGGGAAGGAGAGGAUCGUUUCCGGCUACUUGCUAUUUAAAGUGUAACCAGUGCGAGCCUUGCAUGCCAGUUCAAGUAUCAGUCCGAGCGAUGGCAUUGGAAGAGAACGAGUACUAUCCACAGGUGUGGAAAUGUUCCUGUGGUGAUAACAUAUUUUCCCCUUAGGCUAGGAUUUGUUGCAGCUGUAAUUAGGCCUAAGAUAGGUAUUCUCUAAACUAAUAGAAGAAAGUUUCAUGCACGCCUUGUUAUGUACGAAAAAUUCUUAUACUCGGACAUAUGCAUAUAACAUUUCUCACAAUAAUUGAUCGGGUAACCAACAUUCGACGAGUUUAUUGUGAGAAACGUAUUGUACAUAUCCGUUAUAUGUAAGAAUCUUUCGUUAUGUCUGGAUAAAAGGUCAGUUUGCAGGCUUGGUACAUUUAAGGUAAUGAAUAUGUAUGAAUUGGGGUUAACUAAUAAUUACGCAGUUCAUGAUGUAUGCCACUAGGGGAAGACAGGGAGAAGACUGAUAGAUCUCUCUCCCAUGGUUCCCAGA